UAAAACCAGAAUCUGACAAAAAGAAAAAGAAUUCACCAGGGGAAAGGAGAACAAGGAACACCAGAAGAGUAGCGAUGGCGCGCAUCGCUAGCCGGUGCAUGGCACUGGUUCUUCUAACUACCUGGAUCACAAGCUGUGUUGCAGUGCCAGAAAAACCGACGAAGGAAUGCAUUGAAAAGCUCUACUAUAUCGAGAAGGUUGAGUACGACGUGUCCGAAAAACAUCUCCUGAACAACAUCUUCGGUACCAGCAUCGAGGAGAGGCAGUCCACGUACAUCAAAAGGAGAGCCUGCUGUGAUGGCGAAAACAAACCCGACCACUGUGGAAUACCCUUCUGCAACAACUUGAAGUCAGUACGUUGCUCCGAGAGCGUGGGCAAAUGCAGUCUAAGUAGCACUGUUUGUCGGCUAAUACAGGAUGCGAUUAGCGAAAAGAAUAAGAGAGAGCCACACGAGCAAUAUUUGCCGUCUUUCGAGCCAACUUUAAAAGGGGUACCCGAUGAUUUGUUGCCCGGUGGAGAAGUAAACGUCAACCACAGAAGUGUGGUCCUACCAUUUCAGACUUCAUCUGGUAUCACGAUCAACCCAGAAGGGGUGUACAAGAGACCCGAGUGUUUUUUCGACGGUAACAACAAUGCGGUAAUUGAAGUCAACAGCCUCCACGAAUCGUCAGCGGAGUGGAACGAUAAGUUCGGCUUAUGUGGUAAUUACGACUUGGACCCCAGAAACGAUCUCCACAACCGUUCUGUCAAGAGCUUUGUCAACGAAUUGAAUCUGGAUCAAGGCAUCGCCUGUAGAAAAGUAAAUGAGGCACUGCUGAACCCUUUCGAUAGCCUCGACAUGCCCAACAAGGAGAAAGUCCGGAAGGCUUGUGAUGACUUUGCCUCUCAGCCUUUUUUCAAGGAUUGUAGGUCCUUGAGCGACGUAAAACCAUUCAUCGAUUCGUGCUACUUCAUUCUGUCGAGGGCUCUAAUCGAAAAAUCAAGCUUCGAGCAAGGCCAAUGUGAUGUCUACGCCGAAUAUUCAAUGUCCUGUUCCAGGAUUGGCCUGCAUGUCGAUUGGAGACCCAAACUUCCAAACGGCACCUGUGCUGUCUCUUGUGACCACGGUAUGGUGUACAAAGAAUGUGGAUCAGCAUGCCCCCCAACCUGCGAGAACUUCAACCCUGAAGAUUGUGGGAAUGCUUGUGUGCCAGGUUGCCAGUGUACAUCAGGUACCUACUUUGACGGAGAGAUGUGCGUGACUAAAGAAAAUUGCCCAUGUUUCCAAGCUGGGGAGUUUUACCCGGACGGUUCUGUGAUGAAGGUCAGCUGUGAUGACUGUGUCUGUGUGGAGGGCAAGCUUCAGGAUUGCUCAAACAAUCCCUGCCCUGUUACAUGCACUAUCUUUGGAGGGCACUAUUUCAACACCUUUGAGGGAAAAAGCUACGAAUUUGACGGCAACUGCGAGUACGUGCUGGUCCAGAACGGGACCGAAUCGGGACCACCCUUCAGCAUCUUCAUGGAUAAAUCGGAGUGUGGUGAGCUGGAGCCGCGAUGUUGGAAUGUCCCCAAACUGAGCAUCAAGACUCCGGAUGGGAGUCUGCAUGAGUGA